UCCCCUUCUUCCCUUCCCUUCCCCUGCCCUUGCUCCUGUGAUCUCGGUGUAUAUCUCGACGGUACCACUUGGUAACCAUUCUCCGAGAUGCAUUCCAAACAAACUACGUCAUCGCCGAAGUCCCCGAAAAUCUAUGGAUGAUCAUUGUUAGAAUGUAAUUGUUCAGACAUCCUAAUCCUGUCCUUUCGAUGCAAGGCUUAUCGACCGUCCUGGGAGUGGGCAUAGACAUUGUGUCAUUGCCUAGGAUCCAAGAGGUGAUUCGGAGACGAGGAGCGGAUGCAUUCGUGAAGAAGAUUUGCUCCAGUGCAGAGUUGGACGCUUGGAAGAGCAAGGCAAGGGGUGAUGCAGAUCAACUCCGGUUCCUCAGUUCCAGGUGGGCGGUCAAAGAAGCUGCUCAUAAAGCUUUGUCGGGAACACAUCGGCCUGAUUCUGGUUUAUCGCUUAAAUCUUACUCGUUGAGUCACGGACCAAAUGGAGCACCUCUCCUUUCCCUCCAUCCUGCUAGUUCCGUCCAUAUCCUCGCUCCCUCGGUUUCUAGGCAAUACCUCGAAUCAAAUCUGUACCCGCCGACUCUGACAUUGACGUUGCUACCCAGUAUCAGUCAUGACGCAGGACUAGUCACGGCCAUCGUGAUUGCUGGACUAAAGGAAAGUGAUUAGAAGCACCUUUCAAAACAAUCUCAGAGGCAGUCGUUUGGCGUUCUUGCGCAGAGGGCUCUGUGAACGAUGCAACAUCGAGGCGCGCAUAACAGCGAGGUCGAAGCCAGAUUUAGACACAACAACACUCCCCAGCUCAAGCAACACGGUCCACACACCACUGCCCGCUGCAUUC